AAAAAUCCGAACAAAAUCAUAUCUUACCUGUGCCUAAUUAAACUUAAAAAUACAGCGUCAGUUUUGGUGGCCCUGAACAACCCCAACAACACUUCCAAGGUUAAAAUGCAGAGGCACACAUUGCAGAUCAAAUUCAUGAUCAGUUUCUUGUUAGUGCUCACAGUAGAAGUAUGUUCAAUAGAAGAUGGAGAAGAACUAAAGGAUAUAAAUAUUGAUAACACUCUUAAUCAUCAUACAACAUUUAAUCAUGCAGAUAAAAAAGAUGAAUCGAGUACUGUAACUAGUGAUGAGCUUUCAUCAUUAGAGUAUACUGAGUGUACUUCACCAUUACAAAAUGUAAAUGGUGAUUCACUUCAUUCUAAAAAACCUUGCAAAGGUGUUGACUCUUCAGUACCAGAUGGAGAUGACCUGAGUGAACCAACGUUACUUGGAGAAGAUAAUGAUAAACAACCCUUUGCAACUAAAAUUGGUACUGCAUCACAAGACUAUUGUCCCAAGUUAGAAGAAGAAGUCACCUACCAUUGCCGGCAUCACUCUGCUCACAUCGCAGAUGCAGUGCAAGAUGACCACCCUAAAGUUGAACAAGAUGAUGUAAAUUGCAAACUUUUAGAAAAAAAUAGUAAAUAUUUUUACAAAAUACAAAAUGAAAAGAAUGAGGGGGAUGGUCAUUUAGAGAAAGAAAGAAGAAGUGAAAUUUUGGUAGAUGAUAAUGCAGGAAGAGAAUUGGAACAAGAGGAGAUGGAUCCUGAGCUGGAAAAUGUUCCUCUCAGAGAAAUCCUUUUGAAACUUAAGCCAGAAGGCCUGACAGAUGAUGAAGAUGAACACUUGUCUGACUACUCUCUCACUGAGGCAAAUAUGGAGGAAGAUACUGAGGUGGAAGAAGAAGUCCUUAUGUCUUCAGGUUCAGCAGAGAAGCAAGAAGAGGUUCCUGAUGAUAAUAGCAGUGGCAGCAGCAACAGCAGUAGUGGAAGCAGCAAUAGUAACAGCAAUAGUGGAGGCAGCAAAAAAGCUGUUUGCUUACAACUAAAUGUGACUGAGCCUAUCACCGAUGUUGAAAUCAUCAAUGCAACUACACUAAUGAGGUUACUACAGGUUGAUCCCAAUGUAACAAGUAGAUCAUCUGCUGGCCCAUGUUACCUUAUCUACUUUUUCAGUCCCUAUUGUCCAUUUUCUGUCAUGGGGUCAGCAUAUGUCAAUGCUCUUUCUCGUUCAGUGCCAAAUAUUCCUGUUUAUGGCCUGGACAGCAUUGAGCACCAUAGUGUAAAUGCCCGUUAUGGUGUCAUGGGAACUCCAACAUUACUUCUGUUUCAUAAUGGCAAUGGAGUUGGACGAUAUAAUGCCUCUGAAUACUCCGUGGCCCAGCUGUUGUCUUUUAUAAGGCAUUAUACAGACCAGGAAAUUGUCAACAUUAAUGUCACUUCAUCAGACUUCCGGGCCACCCUCCCAGCACAGGUAGCAGAAGGACGCCCAUAUGCCCUCUGGGCAGCAUGGACAUUUCUCAUUAGCUUUGCUUCAUGGUUAUUCUUAACAUCUGAAAUAUGUGCUAGACUUACUGAGGCAAUAUUAAACAACUGGCGAGAGGCUGAAGCACAGAAUGACCACCAAGACUGAUACUUGCUUUAGAAUAAGAGAGCAAGUUUUCUUUAAUUGUUGCAGAAAGGAAAAACAAAUGUAAUUAUUUUAAUCAUUAACCCAAAUUUAGAGAGGAAAUUUAGCAUUUUGGCUCAUCCUGGAUUAUUAUCAAGUCACAGUUGUUCAUGACACUCUCAAAUGUCAUCUGGAGUUUUCUCCAAAUUACAGGUUAAUUGCAAAUUAUUUUUAGCCAUGAUAUUGUGAUUUAUUCUUUUAAUAAAUUUGUAUGUACAGUGGUACCAUGACUUACGAGUGCCCCAACUUAUGAGUUUUCCGAAUUUCGAGUCAUUGCUCGAUCAGUUUUUUGCUUUCAGUUAUAAGCGAGCUUCAGAUACACUGCCAUUUGCAGGAGAUACCGAGGAAAUAUCACAAACUUUGAUAAUAACCAAUGUGUAACAUCCUUUCAAUUUUGAUGCCACUGGUAGUGUCAUCCUGCCAGAAUGUUCUAUAACGCAUGCCCUAAGUAAAGAGAAACAGUUCUGGAACAUGUGUAAUACAUGUUUGGCAGGCCGGCUGGUUGGGUGGCCAGUUGACUGGCCAGCUGGCUGAUUUGAUUUGGCUGUCUGUCUGUAUCUAUCUCUGUCUCUGUGUCUCUGUCUAUCUCUGUCUCUGUGUCUCUGUCUAUCUCUGUCUCUGUCUAUAUCUGUCUCUGUCUAUCUCUGUCUCUGUCUCACAAGUACACAUAAAUACAGUUAUACAUAGUGUAAAUUAUCUAGGAUAACCCAAAAAAAUCCAGACAAAGUGUUACACUAUGCUUAUAGAUAUAAGGCAUAAUAAGCAUGACUGGCAAGUAAUACACAUUUUCACUUGUUCAGGAAUCAUGUGUGACAACUCUGCAUCAUGUGUAAUACCUGCUGGUUCAUGAAUGGCUCUCUCUGAGACAGAGAGACAAGUAGAGAGACAGGAAGUCAGAAACACAGGCAGACAGAAAGGCAUAUAAGCAGAGACAGAGAUAAACAUAGAUAGACAAUGUUUAUGUGUAACAGUGAAAAAUAAGGCCAAGGCAGUGCAUGACCAUCAAAUAUCACUCCACUGCUGCCCUGUCAGCAGUGGAGUGACACUCAUCUUACACUGUGCUUCAAGGAGUUUCAUAUAUACUCCAGCAUUUCUUAAACAUUCCUGGGAACUGACAAAAAUCAUUUCUUUUUUAUAAAUACAGUUUUCUUCUUUAAAAACCUGUAAGAAAAAAAAAUUGGGUUUUUUUUUUUUUGGGGGGGGGGGGACUGGAACAGAUUAAUGGCAUUUCAGUAAAUUUCAUUGAGGAAAAUUGAUUUGAUAUACGAUAAAUUGAGUCACUAGCUGAGUCACGGAACAAAUUGAACUCAUAAGUCAAGGUACCACUGUAUUAGAGUUUUCAAGUGAGUCAGAAGCUCAAGUAGAAAGUUGUCUGUACAUAAGUAAUAACUUAAAUAAAUAUAUUUAUUUAGUCAA